AAAAGAAUGAAUUCGAUGUGAGUUGGGCAGUGAGGCAACAGCACAGACAGCUUUGUGUGUUAAUUGCCCACAGUGCGCUGGGAGUGGCACAUGCACGUGGAGUGGCAUGGGAAAGUUAGUGUAGUGUAAGAAAGAGAAGUCAACCGAGGAGUGAGUUCCAGUGCUGUUUAAUUCGAGUCGAGUGUUUCGCCUCCUCUCCCCUCAUGGCGUAUGCAGCCUACUACAACUUUGUUUCGCAGCCCAGCCAGGCCACACCGAAACCAGCAGCUCAGGCCUCCACUGUGACGCCUUCUCAAUUUGAGAAGGCAUCAUCAGGAUCCACUAUGGCGGCUUCAAAGCCUGGUGGAGUUACCACAGCGAAAGGUGGCACCACUAGAAGUACUUCCAUCAGGACCGCGGAACAGGGGGUUGCUAAAUCUAAACUCGAGACACCACCUGUCUCCACUAUAAAGUCUUCUACUGCUGCUACUGGAACAGAGGCGACCGCGGCAGCAGCAGCUAAUGCUGCCAUGUCGACAUCUAAAGGCUCGCCCAAAAACACAGCCAAGGUGCAAGUGGAAGUUUUUCCCCAAGCAGAAACAAUCGGGGCCAAAGAGGCACCUCCAGUAGAUCCAUUUGACGCCUUGGCCAGUAUACUCCCACCAGUUGAUCCAGUCACUCCUAAACAACCUAUAUUCACUGGGCCUGAGGUCAAAGAGCAUGACGUCACAUCCGAGGAGGCUCACAAGUGUGGAGAAAGAGACGACACGCUGCCUCCGGGUUACAGAUUUGAAAAUAUGGCUCCACUCCCUGCAGAUGCCAUACCUAAGGAUGUUCCUAAACCACUGAGCACAGAUGAGGCCUUGGAUUCCCUUUCAGUGGGUUUCAUGACGUCAACUGUUCCAACUGCACCCAAAAUGCAGGAGAAAAAAGACAAUGCCGCUGCCUCAUCUGCUGCCCCGUGUUAUGUUGCACCGCCACUUGUGAAGAAAGUUGACGUCCCCGCACCUGAUCCUUGUGUAGCGGUCCGUCCUCCAGCUGAUAAAAAAGCCAAGAUGGAAGUUGAUAACUUUUCGUUGACAGCUGGAAUUCCCAAUGCUCCUGUCAAGAAAGGUGUGUGCGUGGCUCCUCCCCCUGCUGAAGUAGAAACCAAGAUGGACAAAGCUUCUUCUGUUUUUUCUCUGGAGGCCGGGCUGGACACAAAACCUAAAACAGAUGAGGGUGGCUCCAUGUCUCUAGGUGCUCUCAGCGCUCUUGGUGACACCCUGGCAGCACCAGAACCCAAACCAGAACCCAAACUCAGACCUGAGGAUAUUGUCUCGGAGGGUAAACGUAAGAAGGAAGACGCCGUGCGUGUAGGAGAGCGGGAUGACUCAAUUGCACCAGAGUACAGGUUUGAUGAGGAGGAACUCAAGAAAUUGCCUGCUCCUAAACCAGAGCCCACCUUGAACACUAAUGAGGCCCUGGACCUCCUGUCCGGAGACCUCUUGACCUCCUCAGUCGCUCCAGCACAGAAAGCUGAAGUUCCUGCAUUUGCUCCAACUGUCUCUGUGUGUCCUGCUCCACCCACGCCUUCUCAGGGUGGCUCCUUGCCACUGGAUGCACUCAGUGCUCUUAGUGACACUCUGCCAGCGGAAGCACCAAAACCCAAACCCCCCAAGCUCAGACCUGAAGAUAUCGUCUCUGAGAAAAAACACAAGGAGGAAGAGGCUGUGCGUGUAGGAGAGAGGGAGGACUCCAUUCCAUUAAAGUACAGGUUUAAUGAGGAGGAACUGAACAAAAUACCUGCUCCUAAACCUCAGCCCACCUUGAAUACUAAUGAGGCGUUGGACCUUUUGUCCGGAGAAUUCACAAGGUCCUCAGCUGCCCCAGCACAGACCAAAAUAACAUUGUCCGCUCAGGACCUUUUGACUUCAACUAAAUCGUCUGGUGUUCACGCACCUCUCCCUCCUGUGAGCAGAACGACCCCCCAGGUAUCAGAUUGUCCUCCCGUGUUACCACCACAAGGAAAGCCCAAGACUGAUGAGGGUGACUCCAUGUCCCUGGAUGCUCUUGGUGCUCUUGGUGACACGUUGGCAGCACCACAGCCAACACCAGAACCGCCCAAACUAAGACCCGAGGACAUUGUUUCAGAGAAAAAACACAAGGAGGAAGAGGCGGUGCGUGUGGGAGAGAGGGAGGACUCGAUUCCACUAGAGUACAGGUUCUAUGAGGAGGAACUCAAAAAACCGCCUGCUCCUAAACCUCAGCCCAAGAUGAAUACCAAUGAAGCCUUGGACCUUCUAUCUGGAGAUUUAUUGACCUCCUCUGCUGUCCCUGCUGUCCAGGCUCCCAUGGUUUCCUCCUCUGCUGGUCCUGUGCAUUCCUCUGCAGACUUUGCUCUGGAUGCCUUAGCAGGAGACUUUGUUUCAUCCUCUGCUGCUCCCACAGUGAAAUCUGCUGCUUAUGCCCCCACAGAAACUGCCUCAGAGCUUUUUGCAGGAGCAGGCAGUGCCCUGGAUGCUUUAUCAGAAACUCUGAUAACAGAUAUUACCCCUGCCCCUCAGCCAGCCCCAAUUGCUGCCAAAGACAUUGUCAAGGAGAAGAAGGCUGUUGAAGAGAGGCUCAUUAAAAUGGGGGAGAGAGACGACUCUCUGCCACCAGAGUAUAGACCCACCGAGGAGGAUCUUAAGAAAAUGGCUGAAGCUAAGGCUAAUACAGACGCCACACCAAAGAAGACUAUGGACGAUAAGACAGCCUUGGAUUUGCUGUCCAGUGAUUUCGGCACAUCGGAGCUGACGCCACCUGUGCUUGACUCGGAGCCCUUGAAGCCCAUGUCCUGUCCUGUUCCAGACACACUGGCUGGCACCCGCCUUCCCAAUGACCCAACAUUCAAGGCAAAGGCAGGCACAGCCAAGAGCAAGAGCAAGUCAAAGUCUAAAAAACAACACACAUCGGAGUCCCCUGCCGACAACCAGUUCUCUGGCCAGCUAAGCUCAGAUGUCGUACGAACAUCGACACAGCAGGGAAAGAAGAGCUAGACUGCUCACUGUCAGGUUGCUGGUGCAGUUUGACCUCCAGAGGCCUUUGAGGACGCACCCACGGGGACCCUGUUCUGCAUUGAGAUUGUAUUUUAUUAAAUCAUCAAGGAUGUACAGUAGUUAACGACAACCUAGACACACACACACACACUUACAACCAUGUAUUGUUUGCUUGGUUUCACUUGUAUUUAAGGAUGAGAAGCUUUCGGUUUCUGUCUGCGUGGCGAGACAUGCUGGAACCAAAAAAAGUUAAUUUGCUGGUCAUUGUGUAUUAAGAAAGGUGUUGUCCAUCUCAUGUUUUAGCUAUCCUACGCCACACUCGUAACACAACGGCCGCGCAAGCUUGUUGACAGUCAUCUUACAUAAGAAGCGUGGCGUGAGUGUAUAGUAUUAACAUGUUGUGCAAUGCUUUAUCCAAAUCUAAUUAGUUUUUUAUCAUUAUGUGCUCAAGUGCCAUUAAGAUGCUAGUGUACAGCUGUGUUCACUUUUAUUUUGGACAAUACUUACAAAUAUGCAGAGCUUUCCAGGCGGCUUAAUUUCUUGCAAAUGUCAUUUGGAGAAAUAUCCAUAGGGUCUUUAGUAUAUAUUUUUGUAAAAUGUACUGGUUGCCACAAUUGCACUUAGUAAACCAAGGUGGUGUUUACAACAAAUGUAAAAAAGGAUUUUACGCUAUAAAAAAACAAACAAACAAAAAACACUGUAUGACUUUAAAGGGCUUUGAUGUGUUAAGUGAGUACAGAGAGAUUUUCUUCCUCAGUUUUUUUUUUUUUGGGUGCACAUCAAGAGCGGUGACAUAUUUUAGAUAUGGGAACACUAAUGAAUCUAAUAAUCAAUAGAUGUGUAUUUUCCAAACCAUUUGUGCCUAAAAGGAAUUAAAAACACAUGGGCUACUUUGAUGAGUGGGCUAAAUACUGCUAAGAACAUCUUUCAUUAAAAAUUUUUUUUCUUAACGUGCAAGGGAUCCGUGUGUGUGUGGGUGUGUCAAACCUGAACAGGAACAAAAACUCCUGACUUGGUGGUUUUUCACUUUGCAGAACGGUAUAGCAGCCCACUUCCUGUUCACUUUGGGGGGCUUACACACAUUAUCUAUUUUGCUAAAACCAUUGAAUGUCUACCAAUAUAUUUUAGCAUCCCGAAUGACUGAUAGUGAAGCAAUGAGUGGGUUUGUUUCAAUCAGAAAGUGAUAAAACAAAUAAAGACAAUUCACUGAUUAAUUAAAA